AUAUUCGUAUGAAAAAGUAUCAUCCUAUAUGCUCACUCGCAGUGAUUGCGAUGAUACUUUUUCUGCUGCGUUGCUGCAGAAUUGACAGUUUUUUAUCACUUCAAAAUUGCGAGGCAAACAAUCAUUGAAAAGCAAAAAGUCAAUGAUUCGUUUGAAAACUUAGUGAUGCAGUAAGACACCUUAACUACAGUUGUCUACGCCUCCGCGAGUCUAUGGUAUCCAUAAAGUCUAUACACUUGACAAAUGAUCACAACAGUGUUGUUUACCGUUUCGCCACAGUUACAUAGCUAGGUCUAAUAAUUUUGCAGUUUUCACACAUCUGUGUUUAAGACAUGUUUAGUGAAAUUUCUCGACUGAACCUUUAUUUAAAAUUAAAAGCUAUCUGGACUCUUUUGCGCUGCACUUGGGUUUACAGGUGAGGAAAUGUACUAAUCGUGUUAUUAAUACGUUACACAGCGUUAAAAGAAACAUUAGUCCUGUUCAACGAUGCAGGUUGAACUUGCUCGAAGUUGUUGCAUCUUACUCUUACCCAUUUGUCAUCAAACGGGUAAGAGCGGGAUGAAGCAACUUCGAGCAAGUUCAACAUACGUCGUUGAACAAGACUGUUAUUUUGAAACAAAAAAAAACGAUUAUUGUAACGUAUUUAAAAAAAAAUCUAAAAACGAUAUCUUACGACUGGUCUUCUUUGGGACAAUUAUCCUAAUUUAAAACUUUAAUUUUGCUUUAUGUUUAUAAAAUUAUUUACAACGCUCAUCUAAAGAGAUUAUUAUUGUUUAGGCGCUUUGGUUCCACAAAAACGGGCGUGGCGAUGGUCGGCAUGCUGGCAAAAUUCAUUACAGAAUGGAAUGCCUUGCUAAGCAGUCCGACAGCCGAGUAUUCAUCCGGCAGCGUGGAUCCGAACAAAUGCCGCAGACUUCAGAUGCAACGGAGCAUGGUCAGGAUGUAGCAAACAUCGAUGAACUGGUAAACGAACUGCGUUUCAUUGUGCCAUCAGAUCAGGAGAAAAGGAGAAUUCUGGAGCUGUGGAAGCAAACAUUAGUUCGACGGAACAGCGCCAGAGACGAAGGAACGUUUUGGCAAUUCAUGAAAGAUUUUCCUGUUGUAUCUUCUUUUGGCGGAGAGUUGAUUUCUCUUGAGUUUGAGUUGUUGAAGUCAAAUGCAUGCUGUUUCGAAGAUGCGUGGAAUAUCAUCGAACCGAAAAUUCUGGAUCAAUUCCGAAACGUCCACAGGUACAUCAAGAACGAUGUUCUUAAAGUCCUUGCCGUGAUCCGUGAGAAAAACCCGAGUCGCGGUGCUAAACGGACCCGUGAGGAAAGCGAGGCACGCAAAUUGAACCCGCUACACGGCAUCAUCGAUUGGAUUGAUCCGGAAUUGGAAAUCCCAACAACCGAAGUCCCUCUCAUCUACAUCGUGGAGAAGUUUUUCGAAAUCGGUGACUGCUACUUGGUCUGGAACGACAUCACGAUUAAUGUUGGAAAAGACAUCCUGGCUGCCUUCAUCCUACUGUGCAAAGCCUUCACAGUCUUCAACGUAAAAUGUUGUGCAUCCGACAAGCUUUUUUAUUCUUUCUUUUAUGCAUUCUGCUUCAAGUUGGAACCACUCAGUACCACAAGCAACAAGUUCCUUGAUAAACUUAUUGGAUGAGUGAGUAAUGGUUGACGAUUUGAAGCAUCCCUGAGUAUUAUUGAUUAAAUAUAUGCCGUCCGGCAAUG